UCGGCUUCCCAUACUGAAUCAUCAGUGUUCGCUGGUCGAUUGGGCAAACACCUUUGGAACAACAUUUCUACAUUAGUAGAGAAAACUUUGAGGAUCUCCCCGGAGACAGUCUUGACUCACAUGCUGCCCUCAUACACUAGACUUACUCAGUUGUUUCGAACAAAGUUUGUAGACAGACUAAAUAAGACUACUGCCUGUCACACAGCAUGAUCAUUUCACCAUCAGCAUAAAGAAAAAUGAAGAAGAAAUCAACCACAGCAGCAUCUAUACACAGUAUCUGUUAUAGGUUAUUUGCUGAUUGCUAACUGUGACUGUGGCACCCAGUCAUGGAUGGACGCAUACCAAGGUUGUCGCUUAUCUUUGUUCUAUUGGCAGUAGUAGGAUUUAUACUGCUCAUUAGCAACAUCACAUCUCUGGAGGAUUUUAAUGAUCAACUAACAUCCACCUUCUACAAAAUACAGAGCAGCAUCCACUCAGCCUUUGAGACUCCCGAUAAUGUGUUGCUGGCGGAGGUAAAUUACACGUACUGUGCACAAUUUGUCCAAAAGCCCACUGCAGAAGAGGCCAUAGAAGAGAGACAUUUGUUCAAUUCCAUUGCAUGGCCAGAUCCACCAGUGAAAGACCUCCCUGCGGAGUUCAGCAGUAACCCUGCCAAGAGCUACUAUGUGGUUCAAGGUGAACCAGAGCAACACAUAGGUGGUCAGCUUGUGGUUAAUGUCCAUGUGCACAACUUCUUGGGCCUACCUAAGAGGCAUGGAGGAGAUUUCCUGACAGCCAGGCUGCAUUCACCCAAGCUAGGUGCUGGGGUUGUAGGGAAGGUGCAUGACCACAAUGAUGGGAACUAUACAGUGCUGUUCCCACUGCUGUGGGCUGGUGAAGUGCAAGUAGAAAUUACUAUGGUGCAUCCUAGUGAGGCAGUGGCAGUGCUCAAGAGAUUACGAAAAGAGCAAACUCACACAAUGAUUUUUAAAAGCCAGUUCCGCUCUGGUGACCUAUCAGAGACCACUGAGUGUGACAUGUGUCUUCCUCACAACCAGAAACCUCUCUGUAAUUACACUGAUCUUGAAACUGGAGAGCCCUGGUACUGCUACAAACCCAAAAAACUAGGCUGUGACACACGAAUAAAUCAUUAUAUAGGGUAUUAUGGGAAGCCCCUCUUAAACAAGAAUGAAGCAGAGUUUUUCAAGAGCGGUGUAAAUAUCAAAGUGCCUAUACCCACAGCAAAGAUGGAGAAUGUGACUGUAUUACCUGCAGAAAAUAAUCAAACCAAAGUAGAAAGUACUAACAAUGCUGCUGGCUACUACUUUCAAGAUACCUGGAGGUCUCUGAGUGGUUCAGCCAUCCAGCAUUUUACUAACUCAUCAGCCAUAACAAGUUGUCUUAAAGGGAAGCUUGUGUACAUGCAUGGAGAUUCAACAAUACGCCAGUGGUUUGAGUACCUUGCUAAGUUUGUUCCUAACCUGAAACCAUUGAAUCUUUACAGCCUUAGGAAGGUAGGACCAUUCAUGCUUGUGGAUGACACUAACAAUAUUCUAGUGAAGUUUCGCUGCCAUGGGACGCCCCUCCGCUGCCCCCCAGCGUACACCUCUGAACUGCGCUAUGUAGCAAAUGAGAUAGACAGGAUACAGGGUGGGCCAAACACUGUGUACAUUAUAAGUGUGUGGGCUCACUUCGGCACUUACCCAAUUGAAGCAUAUAUACGGCGACUACGGCAAAUUCGGAAGGCUGUGGUGCGGCUGCUAAACCGUGAGCCAGAUACGUUGGUGGUGAUCCGCACUCCCAACAUGCAGAAGUUGAAUCCAGCACAUAGCCUGUUCUAUAGCAACUGGUUCUGUCUGCAGAUUGAUACUGUGCUGCGUGGAAUGUUCAAAGGACUCAAUGUGAAGUUUCUGGAUGCCUGGGAAAUGGUGCUGGCCCAUUACCUACCACAUGACCUACACCCACCCCAACUCAUUAUUAAAAACAUGGUUGAUGUCAUCCUCUCCUAUAUCUGUCCAGCUGGGAAAACAUAAAAUGGUGUACAACACUUUUGUAUUUAUUAACAUGUUAGUAAUAUAGCUGUGUGAAAUGUGUAAUAAUGGUAAUAAUGGUUCUGCAAAUAACUUUCAAAAGUUGAUAAAACAUGGUAAUGUAAUUUAAAGUCAAACAUUUGAAUGCCUACAUUUAAUAUGAGCAUUCUGUAAGCAAAAUGAGAGAGGAGCAUAAUUAUGGAAAAGUUUCAAACUGUUUAAUGUUUUGCAAUAAUGAAUUUACAAAAGACACUUUCCAUAUCAACAAGUUAUUUGAUAAGUAUUAUCAAAUAUAAGUAUUUAAAUAAAUGAUUUUUAAGAUUUUUAAGAAUUUUCCUAAAUUUUGUCCAGUCAGUUUGGGCUCACGCAUUCUCUUACAUUUUAUCCAGGUUUUCUCCCAUGAUGGUCAAAUUUAUACCUGUAAUUUCUCUGUAAAUCUGUAAAAGUUACACACAACACAAGUAACAAAGCAAAUGGUAGUUGAGUUUAUUUUCAGUGUAAUGCAAUCAGGAUAUGCAUGUAAUCAGCUUUACAUUGGUGAAAAUACAACCUUAAUAUCAGGGGUUUUAUUUGUUUAGCUUUUUUUUUUAACAGUAUAAUGUAGUGAAUAUAUCUCACUUAUCCAGUUUUACCCUUCCUUUCUGUCACAUUUAGUGUCAUGGAGAUUUAUUUUGUUGCAUCUCACUAGUUAAGAGAGUUUGGGGGGGAAAAGACAUCAUUUAAGGAGGAUACAGACAAAGUAAUCAUUAAAAACAACAUAUUUGUCAUUUUUAACAUUUUUUUUAUUAUUAUUAUAACUAAACAUUUACUAGAUACAAAACUACUGGGUUUUAAUGAAUCCCUUUAUACCCACUCAUAAAAUGACAGUUGUAGUAAGUCAUGUUGUGACUCAGGAUGGUUAGUGAAUCAAGUUACCUGCUUUUGUUGAUCAAAUACACACAGUUGUGGUAAAAUGGUUCAUGAAAAAAUAAAUAUAUAAUUGUAUGAAAUGUUAUUCUAUAAUUAAUC